ACCAUGGAGGAGGUCAACCCCGGCCUGCUGCCCGGCACCAGUUUUCCUGCUGCUCUCAUCUCUGGGGCAGCAGCUGGCACCGCGGUGGACGUUGUGCUCUUCCCCCUGGACACCAUCAAGACGCGGCUGCAGUCCCAGGCUGGGUUCCUCAAGUCUGGCGGCUUCAGCAGGGUCUACUCUGGCCUGCUGUCCGCAGCACUUGGCUCUGCCCCAGGGGGAGCGCUGUUUUUCUGCGCCUACGAGACGUCUAAAAAAGUAUUUGGUUCCUUGUCCACUGAGCGAAGGUUUGAGGUGGCCAGCCAGAUGGCAGCUGCCUGCGUAGGGGAGGUCACCGCCUGUUUGGUUCGAGUCCCAGUGGAGGUUGUCAAACAGAGGGCCCAAGUUGAGAGGACUGGCUCGUCCAUCUCAUCACUGCGGUUCACGCUGCGCUCCGAGGGGGUGCGGGGGUUCUACCGCGGGUACCUGAGCACUGUUCUGCGUGAGAUCCCCUUCUCCGUGAUCCAGUUCCCCAUCUGGGAGUACCUCAAGUCCAGCUGGUCCAGCCACAGCGGGCAGCCAAUCACGGCCUGGCAGUCCUCACUCUGUGGGGCAGUGGCCGGGGGCACCGCCGCUGCCCUCACCACACCUCUAGACGUGGUCAAGACCAGGAUCAUCCUGGCAGAGAGGGGGUCAAGGGCAGCCAGCGGCAACGUUGUAUCUGUGGUCAGGCAGGUGGUUGAGACACAGGGGGUCAGGGGGUUGUUUGCGGGGGUGGUACCCAGGGUCAUGUGGAUCUCUUUGGGUGGGUCCAUCUUUCUGGGGGUCUAUGAGAAGUUCAGGAUUACAGUCAGUGCCUGGUCCUGGCCCUGGGUCUAGUGGGUUAGGGGUGGGGUCAGGAUUAAAGUCAACUGCCUAGUGGUAUUAAUGUGUUAAUCCAGAAUUAGGUUGUGAGAAAUUGUUGGAUGUUUAUUCCUGCUCAGCUGUCUUCCAUUGAGCUAGGUCCUACAGUCACACAACUUUUGUGUGUCCUACAGUCACACAACUUUUGUGGGUCCUAUAGUCACACAACUUUUGGUGUGCCCUACACUUGUUAAUUUUGUUUUAUCCACUGGCCAUAUGCUAGCUGUAAAAUGUUAAAAUAUUUUUGUGAAAAUGUUUAAAAUUUUAAAAAUAUUUUUCUAAAAUUCCUGAGCUAAUGUUCUCACUCGCCAUGUUAGAACUAUCUUGAAUAUCCAGAUUUUUUUUUUAUCUGGGUAAAAAGUUGAAUCAAAAGUCAAAUAUUUCAAUAAGCAUCAGAAAUGGUCCCACUUGAGUGCACAACUUGCAGUAGGUGCAUGUUGAAGAGGUAGUGAAAGUUGGUGAAUCCAUGAGACAAACUGCAUGUACUGACGUUGUUGUAGCAUGCCCUAGCUGUAGACACAAUUCUUCAAGCAGACUGUGUUAGUGCGUCACCUGAUGCCAUUUGAUGUUGUCAAUAAACUCUUGAAAUCA